CAUUAAAUUUGAAAAGAAAUCAUUUUUAUGCGAAUAUUUUUAAUAGAAUUCAACUCUUGCCUGUUGAUUGUUAGACGUGUACUUUGUUAUCGACAUUUGAAAAGCUUCACACUGUGGUAUAUUUUGACAUAAUGUUAGGUACAGAUGCACAUUCCAUUCUUAUUUUAUGUUUUGUAAACAAGCAAUCACAACGGUCGUUUGGCUACUUUGUUAAUACUUAUUUCAUAAUUGUGUCCUUGUCUGUUUUUUAUAUUUGUUUUUUUAUUUUGUGUUCAUCAGUAUGUCGCAUAAAAAAGACCGGAUGAAAACAUCUAAACUGAGUUCAACCGUAUUGGAUUACUAUUAUAAAUACGGUCAAAAUCGUGAUUUGGAAAAAUAUCUACGCAUGAAACGAAGUACCAGUAAAUCCUCCAGCGACAGUAGUUUGAGAAACUAUGAAAGUAGUAAUUAUACAGCGGAUAGCAAAAGAAUCGCAAAAUCAAUGGACAAAUUGGAUUUAAGUGAUGGAAAAUCGAAGCCAACAGAUGAUUCAGGCCGAAGAACGGUCAAAUCCACUGAAGAUGUGUGUGAAUCUGGCGAUGGUCCAAAAGAGAAGCCCAAAUCAAAUGAGAAGAAUCAGAUAAAAAUAGAAAAGAAAACACAACAGCAAUUCAAGAGCAAAUCGAAGAGCAAAUCGUAUAAUUUAAACUUGGAAUCGAGCAUUGAGAUUAAUUUGCCAUCGUCAACUUCUAUGCCAACUUUGCCCACGACGCAAACUAUUGAUUCCAUUCCGAAACGAGCUCAAAUUCCAAAACUAGAGUCGUCUGGAACGCAGACGAAUGCAUUUUUAUCGAAACCAAUGCAACGGUCGACUUCAGUUCAGGUAGCAUCACCGUCUUCUGCAAAAGCCAUAGUAAAAUCGGAACGUGAACAAAUGAAAAAAACUCAAGAUAGUAUUCAAGAGACGUCACCAGCGAGCAGUGUUGCAUCGGCCAAAGUGCGCUUAGAAUGGGAUUCCAUGGCAGACAUUGGAUAUAAUCGAAUCAUUGAUUUUAAGUCACAAAGCAAUAGUAAUUUGACGACAUUUGAAAAAAGUGCACUCACAAAGUUUUUCGCCAAGCGUGGAUUGAAUUUUGAUGAUAAUUUUCUUAUUCUUGCUCCGGCUGACAACAAAAGUCCAUUACAAAAACGAGAAUUCACACAGUCUGCCAUUGAAAUGCGUGAAGCACAACGAAUUAGAAAAGAGCUGCCGAAAUUAUCGCCAUCGACAAGUAAGAAAUUGUGGGAAACGGCUUUGGAGAAAUACCGUGAAAAGUAUAGAAAAUCUAAAUCGGACGCAACAAGUGGCAUCGAUACAACGCAUUUUAUGUCAUUGUCAACAGCUCCUCAUCACAGUACACCACUGCCUAUUGAUACUAGUAACAGUGGUCGAUUCAGCGAUGAACCUUCAAAUCAUGAGAUACAGAAGCCAAUUGAAAGUAAACCCGGAAAACCUCAAGUGGAACUCAUUGAAAAAUGGUGCCAAACAUCAUCCAUCGACGUUGAAGCCAUCGGCAUUCAAGUUGAACAACCGCAAUUCAGCCGCAUAUCCCGAUCCGUGCAAUAUGAAAUAGAACAAGUACAUGAAUCAACUCAAAAAGAUGAUGAGGAUUUGACAACUGCAACGAGUUUUGAAUUUUUGGCUCCGAACGCAUAUACAAAUCGACAAAUGGCUGAACAAUUAACACCAAUACUCAAUAAAUCAGCUGCUGAUGAGAUUCCAAAUCGCAAAGAAGUCCGAAAUGAAAGUAUUUAUAUUCAGGAUGAGAAUCCCGAUGAAAAAGAGAAUAUACCGCCAAUGAAUGAUAAAGAAAACAUUCCACCGCUGCCAUUGCAUGCAAUGCAAUGUCGCAAUGACCAGCCAAGUGCCUAUAAAACGCCAGAAAAUACCAUAGAUAAUAAUGAAUCAUCAGUGCUGCCAAAUGAUUUGCAAAAAGGUGUCGAUUUGAUCAAUGCACUAAUCGAUUCGUGCACAAACGAUACCGCAACCAAGAAAAAACUCAUUCGUAAAAUUGUACGGCAUCUAAUUAAAUCGAAAGAUACAAAAGAUAUAACGCAAAUGAUUAUGUCCUAUUCGGGGAAAUCGAUGUCGAAAAUCUCUGGAGUUGGCUCAUUGGAUUUAAAAGAAAGUGAACAGUCGGGGGCGGACAUGGCUGCCAAUGAUACAAUAAGUGGCAUUUCUGCGCUAAGUUCAUCAUCGAGCGUAGCAUCGGCUUCCGUAGAACAUAGUCGAAUGCCUGUGAAUAGUAGACAGGAAAAAAAAGUAGAUGGGAAAAAGGGAAAAAAAGAGAAAGAGCAAGGAGUAGAAAAGGAAGAAGAAGAAGAAAAGAAAGAUGAAAAAGAAGAACAAAUCGAACAAGAGGAAGAUAUUAAUGAGGAGAGAGAAAUUAAAGACUGGCUUCUGCCUGUGACACAAUCCGAAAUUGAAAAGGAAAAUGCACGGAAGUCACAAAUUAUUCAGGCCAUCAAAAUAAUUGACGAAGAGCAGCCAAAAUCAAGAGAACGUCGUGCAUCGGAUCAACUUACAACUUUUGAAAAACCAAACAAAAAUAAUGAGAUUCUAGAGUUUUUGAAGAACGAAAAGAAGACGCAUCACAAUUGGAUUGAUCAGGAAAUUGAACACUUGAAAAAUUUAAAGUUACUCUUACAGAAUGUCAAUGCAACUGAAAGCGAUGAGAGCGGAGAAAGUAUAUCCGAGGAAAAAAUCAAUUCCGUUUAUGCAAAGUUUCAGCACAAACCAAAACAAAAUUAUUUCAGUAUUUAUGAAAAUUUCCGGCGCAAUGUAAAACAUACGAGUGGUAAUAGAUCGCGGGCCGAUGUUUCCAGUUCAAUAAUAGACUCGUCCAAAUCGAGUGAUAACAGUUCACGGUUUCUGAAUCGGGGCAAAGUUGGUAGCAAGAGCAACUGGAUACAUAGAACUACACUCGAAUCACCGCCUUCGACAAUUUCAUCUGGCUCAAAAGUGAAAUGUGAGAGCAGAGAAUCAAUGAAACAACCAGCAAAAUCUAAGGAAGCAAACCGUUUGCCGAAAUGGGAUUCUCAUUGGAAUAUGCAGCAACUGGUGAAAAAUCGAACAAAAUUGAAAACACCAAAUUCCGAUGAGAGCAUUGAGGCUUAUGCAGAGACUUGCCGAGCCAAAUUCGAUCGAAAAUGCUCUGAAACCAAAUCAGAGUAUGGCAAGAGAAUCAUGAGCAAAACCAGGUUUCGAGAUCAACCGAUAUAUACAAAACCAUAUAGCUCCGAUACAUACUCGGAUAUCCAAAAUGUUAAGCAAUCGAAUGGUGACCGUGUGAACGGCAAACAAAGUGAUGCUUACACAUCAAUGACUGGAAGUGAUGGAUUCUUGUCACCAAACUCAAUUUCAAUUGGUUCAAUUGGUGCAGCCGCCAAUUCGGCAUCGAACACAACAACACAUCAAUAUGACACGAAAAUCUCAGUUGGCCUGCAAACAACUGAUACCUUGGAACGUAUGCCAAUCAUUCAGUUGAAAAAACCAAUCAAUGAACCAAAGUUGGAGGAGCCAGAAGCGCAAGAGCGACCAACUAUUUGUGUCAAUAAAUUGACGAUAAAUAAGCAGCUUCAAGUGCGACCCGAAGCUUUGGCCUAUAUUAUCACGUUUGAGGACGAUAAAGAUCAAAAUGACAAAUCGAAUGAGCUACAGGGGCAAGAGCGUGGUAAUCAGCUGUAUGCAAAUGCAAAAAAAAUUAAUUCGAUCAGCAGCCAUGUCAACAGCAGCAGUAGUUCGGGUGAUUCAAAUGGGGAGAGCAAACGAUCUGGUGCAAAGAAGCAAAAAAGUCGGUUCAGAGGUCAAACCAGUAGCAAUAGCUCACCCAUUGAAUCACUCGAUAAUUUAACGUUGCAAGAAUGCUUACAGGCUCGCCGACCAGAUUUCUAUGCAAAUGCGGAACAACGACGAAAAUGCUUAUUUCAAAUGCAUAAUUUAAGGCAGCAACGGAACGAGCAAAGAAAAAAAUUGUUUGCUAUGAACGUUUGUACCAACGCUAAAACACUCAAUAGAAAUAUGAAACGCUUACUACCUCCACCGCCUUUAGCACAAAUACGAAUUUUCAAAUCGCGAGAAAUCGUAAGCCAAACACGACGGAAGUAUCAAAAAUUACCUGAGCAAAAAAAGCGCCAGCAAUUGGAGCGAGACGUCAAAAUUCAUCGAAAUCAUCGAAUACUUGCGAACAUGUUUAACAAGAAUCUCCAGAAGCGUGUAUUGGGCGGAAAAACUGAUCUAUCAAACAGUAUGAUGAUCAACUAGUAUUAGCAUCUAGUGAAUUUGCGCAUAUAUUUUUUUACUCUUUAUGAAUCACUUCAGACGACUCUUUUAAUUUCGAAAAUGAAAAAAUAAAAAAAAGUAAGGUAACUUUACUAAA